CAUACACAGGGGUUUGGUGAAUGGUGCCGACCGCGGCCAUCGCAGUUGGAGGCUAUUUGGGGGGGGAGGGUGAGUAGCGUCCAUGGAGUUACUUUGCGCCCACUCCUAGGUGGCAAGGGCUUGGGUCCCGUGGGCUGAACCGUCCCCGGCAGGGGUGCGGGAGCGGGGACGCCGCGACCCCGGAUGGAUGCGCGCCCCCCGCCCGUCCGCACCGGCCCCAGGAGCUCCGGAUUUCGGGAGCAUCCUUCCCGCGCCGGCCCCUGCCGCGGCGCGUAGCCGAGGGCAGCGCCCCUCGGAAGGGCACCACGGAGCAAGGCUUGGCCGAAGAGCCAACCCCCUUCUCUGAAGAAGGGGUCAGAAGGACCCUGCAGUUGCCAGUGGGCAGCCAUCUGUGGGAGCAAGCGGACUGAGCUCUGCCCUCUCUGAGGUGGAGAGUAGGGUGAGAGGUGCCGAAGGACAAAGUAGACAAAGCCCCUUUCACUCUCCCAGGAUCCCCUUGAUGGAAGAGAAGAGGCGAAAAUACUCCAUCAGCAGCGACAACUCUGACACCACUGACAGUCACACUACAUCCGCCUCAAGAUGCUCCAAACUGCCCAGCAGCACCAAGCCGGGCUGGUCCCGGCAGAACGAGAAGAAGCCCUCGGAGGUUUUCCGGACAGACUUGAUCACAGCCAUGAAGAUCCCAGACUCACACCAGCUCAGCCCGGAUGACUACUACAUCCUGGCUGACCCGUGGCGACAGGAGUGGGAGAAAGGUGUGCAGGUACCCGCCGGGGCAGAGGCCAUCCCGGAGCCCGUGGUGAGGAUCCUCCCACCUCUGGAAGGCCCCCCUAACCAGGUGUCCCCCAGCAACUCCGAACUUGGCGAGGGCUCCCAGCCUGAUUGGCCAGGGGGCAGCCGCUAUGACCUGGACGAGAUUGACGCCUACUGGCUGGAGCUCAUCAACUCGGAGCUCAAGGAGAUGGACAGGCCAGAGCUGGACGAGCUCACGCUGGAGCGCGUGCUGGAGGAGAUGGAGACGCUGUGCCACCAGAACAUGGCGAGGGCCAUCGAGACACAGGAGGGGCUGGGCAUCGAGUAUGACGAGGACGUCGUCUGUGACGUGUGUCGCUCUCCUGAGGGCGAAGACGGCAACGAGAUGGUGUUCUGUGACAAGUGCAACGUCUGUGUGCACCAGGCCUGCUACGGGAUCCUCAAGGUGCCCACAGGCAGCUGGCUGUGCCGGACGUGUGCCCUGGGUGUCCAGCCAAAGUGCCUGCUCUGCCCCAAGCGAGGAGGAGCCUUGAAGCCCACCAGAAGUGGGACCAAGUGGGUGCACGUCAGCUGUGCCCUGUGGAUUCCUGAGGUGAGCAUCGGCUGCCCCGAGAAGAUGGAGCCCAUCACCAAGAUCUCGCACAUCCCCGCCAGCCGCUGGGCCCUGUCCUGCAGCCUGUGCAAGGAGUGCACAGGCACCUGCAUCCAGUGUUCCAUGCCUUCCUGUAUCACAGCAUUUCAUGUCACAUGCGCCUUUGACCACGGCCUAGAAAUGCGGACUAUAUUAGCAGACAAUGAUGAGGUCAAGUUCAAGUCAUUCUGCCAGGAGCACAGUGAUGGGGGCCCAAGGGUUGAGCCCACAUCCGAGCCAGUGGAGCCCAGCCCAGCUGCUGAGGACUUGGAGAAGGUGACCCUCCGCAAGCAGCGGCUACAGCAGCUGGAGGAAGACUUCUACGAGCUGGUGGAGCCGGCCGAGGUGGCCGAGCGCCUGGACUUGGCCGAGGCGCUGGUCGACUUCAUCUAUCAGUACUGGAAGCUGAAGAGGAAAGCCAACGCCAACCAGCCGCUGCUGACCCCCAAGACCGACGAGGUGGACAACCUGGCGCAGCAGGAGCAGGACGUCCUCUACCGCCGCCUGAAGCUCUUCACCCACCUACGGCAGGACUUGGAGAGGGUUAGAAAUCUGUGCUACAUGGUGACAAGGCGCGAGAGAACGAAACACACCAUCUGCAAACUCCAGGAGCAGAUAUUCCACCUGCAGAUGAAACUUAUUGAACAGGAUCUGUGUCGAGAGCGGUCUGGGAGGAGAACAAAGGGCAAGAAGAGCGACUCGAAAAGGAAAGGCCAUGAGGGCCCAAAGGGCAGCCCCGAGAAGAAAGAGAAGAUGAAGGCAGGGCCUGACUCCGUCCUGGGGCAGCUGGGCCUGUCCACCUCCUUCCCCAUCGAUGGCACCUUCUUCAACAGCUGGCUGGCGCAGUCGGUGCAGAUCACAGCGGAGAACAUGGCCAUGAGCGAGUGGUCCCUGAAUAACGGGCACCGGGAGGACCCCGCUCCGGGGCUGCUGUCAGAGGAGCUGCUGCAAGACGAGGAGACGCUGCUGAGCUUCAUGCGGGACCCCUCGCUGCGGCCCGGCGACCCUGCCAGGAAGGCCCGCGGCCGCGCCACCCGCCUGCCUGCCAAGAAGAAACCGCCACAGGACGGGCUUGGUUCACGGACGACUCCAGACAAACCCCCCAAGAAGCCCUGGGGCCAGGAUGCGGGGGGUCAAGGUCAAGGACCACUUGCCAGGAAACCACCACGGCGAAUGCCUUCUCACCUGCCAUCCAGUCCUACAGCUGGGGACUGUCCCGUCCCAGCAGCCCCCAAGAGCCCACCGCUGCUGGCCCCUGACACCCCCGACGAAGCAGCCCCUACGGCUGCCGACUCGAAUGUCCAAGUGCCUGGCCCGACGGCGAGCCCCAAGCCCUCUGGCCGGCUGCGGCCGUCCCGAGAGAGCAAGGGAACCCGGAGAUCGUCAGGCGCCAGGCCUGAUGCUGGGACAGGACCGCCCUCUACUGCGGCUGAGAGGCCAAAGGUCAGCCUGCGCUUUGACGCUGAGACAGACGGCUUCUUCUCUGACGGGGAGAUGAGCGGCUCUGACACGGAGGCCCAGGACAGCGGGGUGCAGCGGGGUCCCCAGGAAGCAGGGGCUGAGGAGGUGGUCCGCAUGGGAGUUUUGGCCUCCUAAGUCCUCCCUGCCCCAUCUCAGGCCCUGCCCUGGUCCCCCGAGGAGGCCUCAGCCCAGACACAACUGCCAUUUCCAACCUGCUGAGUGUCCCAGACCCUCGAAGCUGCCACUCUGUGGCGGUUUUAUUUUUAAUAUAGAGAGAGUUUCGAAUCCCACACCGUUGUCUUUCCUCUGUGCUGGCUGAGGACCUUAGGACUCCUUCCGUGGCUCCAGCUGCAAGGGCUGGGCCAGGUCCCGGCAGCGCCCCUGCUGCCGCUGUGGCAUCCCCACCUGGCCCUUGUGGCCCUGCCAGGCUCCCGGCUAGAUGCAGGCAAGGUGAAGGAAGCGCAGGACGCCAGCCCACCGCCACUGGGUAACACAGACUGUCGUUUGGGCAUUAUUUCAUGGCAGAUGGGCCAGGCCAGGGCCUGCCCACCUUGCCCUCGAAUCCUACUGGAGUCCAUUUGGGGGGUCCUGCUGCAUUCCACUGACCCCCAAGGAAGUGUACAUGUAAGCGGCACCCAGCAGAGUCUACUCACUGUCACAAGCACAACGAGCUUAUACGAGAAAGCACUGAGGGCGCAGAGGGCCCCGCCGGUUCCAGGGGAACCACAGCCGUUCCUGUCGACCCACGUCUAAGGCCUGCCCGCCCACCCCGCGACCCUCCACUCCCUUGCUGCUCUGCCCCUGCCAGCGCCCAGCCCUGCAGCUCUGGGAAGGGGUUUCCAGAAUCCUUCCCUCGCUGUGCCACUUACUCAGGGGACUCCCAAGCAGCCAGCCGCCAGUGCCAGUGGAGGGCUGCCAGGGAGGGCCAGGGCCCAGACCAGAGCAUGGGCUCCGACUCGCCCGCUGCAGAGGGUCGCUCUGGGGCUCUGACUUCCUUCCUUCCUUCCUUAGCGGCCAGUCCCGGCUGAAGUCUGGUCACUCCCAGACAGCUGCCCAGACCAGACCGAUUGCCUUUUCAAGUUUCCCAGUCCGGCUAUGAGAUGAGCUGCUUCCUUGGUUUCCUUUUGGGAACUCCUCCUUCCAACUAGCAGUGGGAUCCCGGGGCCCAGGUAGCCAUGUUGGCUGCUGGGGCGGUUGAGUCUUGCUGGAGGCUCCUGGUUCCUCUCCCUCUGAGCCUUAACCCCCUUUCCCAGCUGUGCCCUCCCCACCACCCACCUGCCUUUCCUACUCACCACCACCGCACCCCCCCCCCCACCCCGCCUUCCCCCAGCCUCCCAGCCCCAGGUCCCAGGUAGCCGCUCUGAAGAGGUUUAGUGGAGUGGCCCCAGGGUGAUAGCUCAGGGAACAAACAAAAAAGGAAUUCAGUGAAAACGUCUUUUUUUUCUUUUGUGAAUUACUCCUGGGUCACUUCCGCCACUGGUCAUACGCCAGAAAUUCUCCAACAAGAACCUUGCAAAAGUCCAGUGAAUCAGUCGAAUCAUUCUGUGGAUGCCAAAGAAUAUUUUGACCAUAAUACAGCACAGCCUGGACCUAACAACUUGUCACUUGGACUUUUUUUUUAAUGGAGUUCUUUAGCAACCAAGUACAGAACCACGUUCGCUGCGCACACUGAGGAGAUGAGCCCGAGCUCUUGGAAGAGCAUGCGGUUCUGCCGCUUGACCGUGGGAACCGGGAACCGGGUGCUGAGUUCCAGGUCCCGGACCGGGCCCACCACGAGCUUUCCAAAACUCAGACUCACGGGGGGUAGGAACACUGGCGGCGAAACCAGCAUGGCCAGGGUCUUGGCCACGAGGUUCCCCUUGCAGACACACUCACCCCCGACUUCAAAACUAUCAAGGUACGACAGUGGCGUUGUCAUCGAUACUCAAUUUCAUGUGAAUUUUAGCAAAAUAGGAAACAAAGAUAAGGACUAAGUUCAGGGGAUCGGACAGAUGUGUCCGACGGGAGUGGACCCGGUGGGCUGCAAGCAUUCCGGGCGCUGGGAUGGCCUGAGCCGCCAGGUGGAGCCAAGCCUGCCUGCCGCCUCGUAGUUGCAGCCAGUGCCUCUGCAGCAUCAGCAGCAGCGUCCAACCCCGUUCUCUGUUUACUGCCUUUGAACAGACCUCCUUCCUCCCCGUGCUUCGGGGCACAGCCUUGUCUGUGCUGGAUGCCCAGCCUGACCUCGCAGGGAGAAAAGGGAAGAGCUUAAAGAACAACCAAACUCCCUGGGGCAUGAGGGUGGCAGGGCCAGGGAUGGCUUGGGUCCAACAGACUCAGCACGUCCCCUCCCCCCAACCCCUUCCUCCACCCAGAGGCACAGUCUGGGCUCCCUGGGGUGGGAGAGACCAGGGCGGGGGUACGGUGGGCCUGGUGUAGGCAGGGCAGCCAGCCCUCUCCAGGGGCCUCUGCUCGAGUUGGCCUCUGGAUUCUGACCCUCUAAUCUGGGCUCUCGCUCUGUUUGCACCAGGUUGUCCCUGGGACAGGCCCUAACCCUGCCUCAGCAGGCGCCUGUCCACCUGUAGGGUGUCCACCAGGCUGCCAGGAGGACAGGACGCUGGUUUGCACUCCCUUCCACCAUCAGCCACGGCCCCUCACUCUUUUUCUGGCCCGCUGCCCACUGUGUUCACGGCUCUGCCGCCCCCAAGGUAAAGGCGGGAAGGAGACAGGAGAGGCUUUUCCAGGCCAGAGGCUGGGGCAGACCUCGCACUUGACCACACCAGCCCUCAGGGAGGGUGAAGCUGCUCUGUGACUCGUUCUGGCUGUCAUCCCCAUUUUCCCGACCCCAGCUGCCCACCACCACCUUCACCCCCAUCACAGUGAGAAAGGAUAAUGUGCAAGGAAAGUAUUUUUGUGGAUCAUAGAUGUAUUUUACAACAAGUAAGGAGAAGAGAGGUAGAAGGGUUUAUUUUAUUAAAUGAGCUCUGACCUGGUGACGGUGUGUGAGCAUCUGUGAGGGGCUUGGUUUCCUUGGAAAAGCCACCCCGGUUCCCAGACGUGGGGCUGGACUGUGGAUGCGUGUGUGCAUGCCAGGGCACGUCUCGUGUGUCCAGUGUACGUGUGUCACUGUGCCAUGGGUGAGCACACUAUGGGACUCACUGGGGCAAUUCCUAGAGAAUCAACUGCUUGACUCGGGCACCAGCAGCGGCCAGACUUGGCAUUGCCGUGCCCGCUGCCGGGGUGGCCAACCUCUGCCUGGGCCCAGCUCUGCAGAACGGCCUGGCUGCCUGCAGCAGGGCCCCUGGGGAGGCGACUUCCCACGCCCCUGGCCCAUCUGGCCACAUUGGCCAAAGAGCCGGGGCUGGAGUCUGGGACUCUGGGUUGUUCUUUAGGGCACUUCCUGCCCCCUUGUCCCUCAGAUGCGCAGCACUGUGCUCCACGUCAGCUUGGGGUGGGGGGCGAUAUGAAUGUCACAGGAGGGGACUCCUGUCUUUGUUUCAAAGAAAGUGAUGUGCCAUUUGUUAAUAUACAAGAGAAAUAUUGAAAAUAUAUUGAAAAGAGCAAUUUUAAAUUAUUUUUGGCUUAUGUUGCAAUAUUUAUUUUCUUGUAUUAGAAAAGAUUCCUUUGUAGAGAAAAAAUGUAUUUUUCAUUAAUGCAAAGACCUAUUUCUCCUUUUUGUACAUUGUCCGUGUUCGCUCCCCCUAACAAGCAAUAGAAUGUAUGGCCGCCCCGGGGUGGCCGGCGCCUGCCGUGCCCUGCAUGACUCCGUGUUGCCGCUGCUACGUAGCUUUCAGCCCCAUCCUGUCCUGCUCACUCACUGGGGUUUCCUGACCCGGCGCCUGCCAGGGCCUGUGUCUCGGGGAGCCCUUUGCACUCCUAAUGUGUUGGCAAACGCAGUUAAUAAAGCAAUGUUUUCUGUG